AUGACGCCCCUCCGUCCGCUGCGCCCCCGGCCCCUAUCCGCCGCGGGAUCCUCCGCCGACGACCACGCCGCCCUCGACGCCGGUCGGUUCAGCGUCCGUCGUGCUCCUCGGCAGCGGAAGACAAACAGCGCCUGCGAUCCUUGUCGGAAACGAAAGACCAAGUGCGAUGGACGACUGCCCCGGUGCCUCAUGUGCGAGCAUAGGUCCGAGGCCUGCGCUUACACGUACAGCAUCCGACACCGCGUCACCGUCCCCGAGGGCGAAGAGCCCAGGGGCCACGGCUCGAGCCACAUGGUCGAGUCCCUGAGGACGCUGCCUCACGAACAGGCCCUCGGUCUCCUGAGCAAGCUGCGCAAUGAAUCCGGCAGCCCGUCCCUCCCGUCCUCAUCCCAUCUCAUCGAGCACCGACACAUCCGGGGCCUGCUGCCGCCGUCCCAGAACACCUUGGACUUCGAACUCACCCUCCGACACCCCGUCGCCUAUCCCGCCCUGUUCCCCGUGUCGUACGCCGACCUGCCCCAGGAGGAGAUGCUCAAGUCCAUGACAACGCCUUGGUUGCGUCAGGGACAAACUGUUGUGCCAUCUCCGUGCCCGGACGUGCCGCCGCUCUCCACGCAAGCCUACAUGACCCCGGACCAAGAGGACGACGACAACGACGACCAGUUCGAGAUCAAGAUGGGCUCGCCGGACCCAGCCCACGCCGACCUGCUCGGCCCCUUCUUCGACGAGCGCCUCCGCCUGCUCGACAUCUCCCAGUGGACGCCCGUCGCCAUCCCGAACGACCUCGCCAUCACCGCCAUAUCCCACUAUCUCGAAAAUGACUACGCAACCAUGCCCCUGUUCAACGCCGACCUCUUUCUACAAGACCUCGUCAGCCUGCAGAACUCCUUCUGCUCGUCUUUCCUGGUCACCGCCAUCCUAUGCUGGGCAUGUCAAGCCUUGACACCUCUCCAACCCGACGCCGCCGCCUACAGCGUCGCCUUCUUCGCCCAGGCGCAGCAGCACUUCUCCGACCAGCCCCAGCUCAACAGCCUGACGACCAUCUCCGCCCUACAGAUACUGAGCAUGUGCGCCGCCACCUAUGGCAAGGACGACAUGAGCCUGCAGUUCCUCCAGGAGAGCGUCAGCCUCGGCAGGCUGAUGGGCCUCUUCGACGUCACCUCCCAGUCCGAGUCCGCCGGCAUGUGGCUCGGCAACCACGAGGACUGGGCCAGGACGGCCUCCUACACGGCCUGGGGCGUCUACAAUUGGGUGUCCGUGUACUCCCUUCAUUACCACAUCUUCGAGAUCGAAACACCGCCGUUGCUUCCCAAGCCGGGGGACUCCUCCGCCUCCCGUCCCGGGAUCGACAGUACGACGACGACGACGACGACGACGACGACGGCGAUGACGAUAGCGCUUCACGCGCAGGUGAUGAGUGCCUCGAGCGACAUGUGGAUCAUCUUCAGCGACGUCCUGAGGAGGUUCUACGGGCCCCAGGAUGACGACCUACUACAGCAGCCGCCCUCUCUGAGGUUCGCCGAGGAGACUUACCACCGGCUGCUCCGCUGGGCGAGCGCGCUGCCCCUCCAGCUGGCGAGGGCAGAGGAGAACGGCCAUAACGUUGUGAUGAUGCACAUCUACUUCCACGCCGUCGUAACCGACCUCUUCCGCCCCUUUCUCGACUCCCCCCUCCGGUCCGAACGGCUGCCGUCCUUCUCCACAGACUUGGCCACCCCGGAGGCCGUCUAUACGGCGUCCGUCACGCAGCUCAAGCGACUGCUCCUCCUGUACCGACUGCGCCACAAGAGCGCCAGCCUCUCGAUGCUGUGGAAGACGGCAGUCGUCUACGUUGCCAACGCCACGAUCCGCGAGGCCGGCACGGCGACGGCGGCGGCGGUCAUGACACAGGUGGAACCCCCCAACGACGACGAUGACGACAACAAUACAAACAACAACAAUAAAAACAACAGCAAUAGCAACAAGUACGACAACAAUGACAACGAGCCGACGGCCGACGAGCGGCGGUUCUACCUGGACCUGUGCCUCUCCGCGCUGGAGGACCUGUACGUAUCCUUCCCCGUGUUCGGGUCCGUCGCUCAGGGCAUAGUAGGCAUGGCGAUGCGGCACGAGGCGAUCCCGGCGGAGAAGGCGGCCGGCGUGCUGCGGCGGCUGGCCGAGAUCGCGAGACGUCGGGCCGCGGGCCAGGGCAUGACGGACAAGGCCGAGGCGCGGUGGAUCGUCGACUUUGACCUGGCCAUGACGGACCCCGAGGCGGCGCAGGGGCGGUACAUGGCCGAGCAACUCGAGGGGCUGAUGUUGAGUGAGUCCGGGGCGGAAGACCAGGGUUGA